AUGGGCUACGUUCAGCGGUCUGGCGAUCCAAAAUUCAAGCCCGUCCAGGGCAUCUAUGAAGGGCGGCUUCGUCAGUUCAUUGAUGAAGGCGGGAACUACAAGAAACUUAACCUCCCCCUUUUCUACGACAAAAAGCGCAUUUCGCUCGACCAGGAUCGUGUCAAAGUCCAAUGGUACCAAGUGGAGUUCAAAAAAGGCUCAUCGCCGGUGUCACCUGACAAGAGACCGCCUUGGGACGAAAUCGUUCGUCGUGACAAGAAUCACGAGCUGGAGUUUCGAGAUGCAUGGAAAGGUCAACCAUUUGGGCCCAGCUGGUCUACAACGUGGUUCAAAGUGAGUCUGGUGGUGCCCGAUGAGUGGCUUGACAGUGAGGAACAGCUGGUGUUCGAAUGGGACUGCAACAACGAGGGAAUUGUGAUCGACCCCGAAACGCUUAUACCCAAAACGGCGUUUUCGGGCGGGAAUGAAAGAACAGAGUACUUGUUGCCCAAGGGCCAGAAACACCAUGCGUUCUAUAUCGAGUGUGGCAACAACGGCAUGUUUGGAUGCGGGUUUGGGUCCUCACCACCGGACGAUAAUCGGUAUUUCCAUCUCGACAAAGCAGACCUGGUUUGGCCGAAUUGGGACGCACGCGCCUUGCGAAUCGAUUUUUGGAUGCUCACAGACGCGGCCCGCGAGCUUCCCGGUGAUUCGUGGCAGAAACACAGGGCUCGCCAAAUCGGAAACGCUGUCAUGGAUUUAUUCGAUCCAGAAGACCCAGCAAGCGUGCAAAAAUGUCAAAAGCUGCUUCAUAAAGAGUAUUUUGACAAGUUCUUGUACAGUUCCGAAGUGUACCAGAGUGGGGACACCGGUGUAGCAAACGACGUUUAUGCAAUGGGCAAUUGUCAUAUCGAUACCGCGUGGCUAUGGCCCUUUGCAGAAACGCACAGGAAAAUCGUACGGUCGUGGACAUCUCAGUGCACUUUGAUGGAUAAGUACCCCGAAUACCAAUUUGUGGCAUCUCAGGCACAACAGUUCAAGUGGUUGUUCAAAGAACAUAAGAAAUUUUUCAAUGACAUUUUGAUCCCCAAGAUCCAACAGUCUCAAUUUUUCCCCAUUGGAGGAUCUUGGGUCGAAAACGAUACCAAUAUCCCAUCUGGUGAGUCUUUGUGUCGCCAGUUUUUCUUUGGUCAGAGGUUCUUUUUAAAGCAUUUUGGAUCGAAAUCUGACGUAUUUUGGCUUCCUGACACGUUCGGAUAUUCUUCACAAAUUCCGCAGAUCGCAAGGAUUUCAGGUAUCGAUAAGUUCUUAACUCAAAAGCUCUCCUGGAACAACAUCAACAAUUUCCCGCAUUCUACCUUCAAUUGGGUAGGUAUUGAUGGAUCCCAAUUACUAUCGCAUAUGCCACCAGGAAAUACCUAUACCGCGCAGUCUCAUUUCGGGGACGUGUUGCGCACUGCCAAGGGCAACAAAAACUCUGAAGUAUAUGGCUCGGGUCUCUUGCUAUAUGGUAAGGGGGACGGUGGUGGAGGUCCCACAAGUGAAAUGAUCGAAAAGAUGCGUCGUAUCAGAUCCAUAAGCAACCGUAACGGAAAUGUGAUUCCCAAGUUGCAUGUUGGUUCGACAAUUAACGAAUUUUAUAAUGAUAUCUUGAAAAAGACCAACAACGGUGAAGACUUGCCAUCAUGGUUUGGGGAGCUCUAUUUUGAGUUUCAUAGAGGAACGUACACGACACAGGCACAAGUCAAACGUUUGAUGAGAGCAAGCGAGAUCAAGCUCCACGACCUCGAAUGGCUCGCAACAAAAGCAUCUUUGGUCUACCCAGAUGAUUAUCAGUAUCCAGUCAACGAGAUAAAUGAGUUAUGGGAAGAUGUCCUUCUGUGCCAAUUUCAUGAUGUAUUACCGGGAUCCUGUAUUGAAAUUGUUUACAAGUAUGAGGCACGGCCAAUGUUACGGAAAGUCAUUGAAAAGGCAGACAAACUUUUAGACUCCGUGGUGAAGGUUUUGGCUAAGAAUGGUAAAAAAUCUGCUGCAAUCGGAACACUUCAAUGUUUUGAGGAUGGUUGCGCUGGGAGCAAAGCACCUUCCUCUGUUUCUUUGAAAGAAACGGACAAGAAUAUAAAAUUGAUGAGCGGAGAGUUUGAAAUUGUUGUUGACAAAUCGAGAGGUGUCAUUUCAUCGAUCAAGGACGUCAAGCGGGAUGUGGAGUAUUUGGAUUUGAAGAGCGGGAGAAACGCUUUAGGCGCCAACCAAUUUGUCUUAUUUGACGACAAGCCUCUCGACUGGCAGGCAUGGGAUACUGAGCUAUAUUCCACUAAUCAAUACGAAUACCUCACAAAUUUGGAGAAGCUUCACAUCACCGAAGACUCUCCGGAAAAAUGCACUGUUGAAGCUACUUUCAAGGUAAAGGAUGAUUGCAAUCUUGUCACAACAAUCACUGUACAGCAGCAAACUGAGGAACAAAGUGGCGGUCUGAUCGAAAUUGAAACCACCGUCAACAAUUGGGGGCCAACUAACAAGUUCCUCAAAGUUGAAUUCCCUGUGAACGUUCGCAAUGACUUUGCUUCUUACGAGACGCAGUUUGGUAUCACGAAAAGACCCACCCAUUACAACACCUCUUGGGAUGUUGCCAAAUUCGAAGUAUGUCACCACAAGUUUGCCGACUAUUCAGAAUUUAGCAAAGGUGUUUCUAUCAUAAAUGACUGCAAAUACGGAUUUUCAACUCAUGGCAAUCUGAUGCGUCUGUCACUACUCCGCGCGCCCAAGGAGCCUGAUGCUCACGCUGAUCUUGGCAGUCAUACCGUGCGGUAUGCAAUUUUCCCACACAAGGGAGCGCUUUCGCAUGAAACCGUCCAUAAGGCGUUGCAAUUCAAUUAUUGCCACAAAUACCAUAUUCCAGAGAAUGUUUCCCGCAAGUUCGACGGCGUCAUAAAGAUUCAGGGUGAUCCCAAUGUCAUUUUGAGCAACAUCAAGCGGGGAGAAGAUGACAAAGAGCUGGACUCUGAGUACUCAUCCAAAUCCUGGGACCAGAAGUCACUGGUUGUUAGGAUCUAUGAAUCGCUAGGCGGUGAAGCCUCUGCUACGUUGUCGACGACUCUACCAGUCAAAAGUGUUACGAAGAUUGACAGCUUGGAACUUGAGGCAACAGCACAAGUUGAGAUCAAGACCGGAGCUCAGCUCGAAGACAACGUUCAAGAAAAGAAAGUGGAAAUUAAACUCAAACCAUUUGAAAUUAGUACCCUCAGGUUUGUCUUUUAA